AUGCGCUGUCUAAACCUGCACCUCAGCUGUGAGUGGGGAGUGCCGGUCAAGCGCGGGGGCAGUGCGCAGAUUCGACACCUCCAACCAGCCCCGACGAUUGCUCCGGAUCAGAUUGCUUGGCCUGCGCCAGAGGGGGGUGAUCUGGUGGAUAUCACACCCGAUGCGCUGCUCAAUGGCCUCUCCCCGAUCUCCUGGCCAGGCGACCUGGUCCUCCUAGAGCCUCUCCAAACGACCCCAUUCUACCCGCCCAUCACCCCAGCCCGAAUCCCGACCCCCCUCUACCGGCCAUUAAGCGUCAAUGAGAUUGCGUGCGUCAAUUCCCUCACCCUCACCGAACAUGACCAAAAGUAUUUUCAAUAUUUUCCCUCUUCCUCUAUCAUCUAUUAUUACAUGAAAGGAUGGCACUGGAGCAGCUUCUGCUACCUGUACCGGGGGCCGGCGGCCACUAACAAAGUGAUCAUGCGCAUGAUCCUCGCUAUGUCUGCCACUGAUAUGCAUCGGCAGGGGCUGGUGGUGAGAUCUCCCGGCCGGCCCACGGCCGAAGAUCAUGGGCGUUAUCACUACAGCCUGGCCGUCAAGGAAUUCCGACAGCUUCUCGAGACCCCUCGACGGAGGGUCUCUGUUUCGGAGCUGGAGACUAUUUUUGCAACAAUGUUUCUCAUGAUCACGUAUGAGUGGUAUUUUGGCCAUUCCGUCCGCCAUCUCCAGUUACAUCUUGAUGGCGUGCGGUCCCUCUUGGUGUCGCACCCCCAACUCUUCCGCCUCAAAGAUGUCACUGAUGUGUUCUUGUCCCCAGAGGACGAUAGUCCAUCUUCGGAGGAUGCGGCGGUCUCCACAGUCUCCUUUAUCCCGGAACAAUUCCUACUGUGGGUCUUGUACAUCGAUGCAAGCUGCCGCCCCAUGGGGUUGACCGAGUCCUUAUAUGAUUAUGUCAUGCAAUCAAACAACCCAGCACUCCAUCCAGAUCACUUGCAUCGAUGUGCUCGCUUAUGGGGUCGGUGCUUUUGGGGUGAGCAGUAUCCGGACCAGGAGGUUCUGGAUGAUAUCGAAAACUACCGAGCCUUGGAGUUGUUGCAUGCCGGGUUCUGCUUUCGCCAUCGAACCUGGGGGGUCCUUGUAGAGUCUGGGACCGGAUCCGACACGACCGAAUCCCUCUUUCGCGAAUUAAUCUCCACGCGCGAUAAAUUUUCCGACCUCUUCAUCACCGCAAAGUUUGCCGGAACUGUCUCAGCUCGGCAUUGUCUUUCAUCGCCGACUGCUCUGCGUCGACGGCCUGCCUUCCCCCUCCAUCGGCAAGCCACGACCGGUAUCGUGGACAUUGCCCGAAAGCAAUUCGCGUCCGAUCCUCAACUCCUCCGGCGCUUACAUUGGCCGCUCUUAAUGGCAAUUAUCGAAACGGACGACCCUAGCCACCGGACGUGGCUCCGGCAACGCUUGUUUGAGUUGCGUGAUCACCAUUCAGAGUACGUGUGGGCUAACGAGGUUGCCGAUCAGGUCUUGUCUCAAGAGGAGGAAAAUCAGGGCUGCUACGUGAAUCUCGCCGAGCUCCUCCUCCAGCGGUUUCAUGUGCAAUGA